AUGCCGUCUCCAGUGACUUUGGGCGCCUACGCCGUCGAGACGCCGCGUGACGAUUCUGCGUCGCCGAAGGCGCGGUCGCCGCGGCGCUUCAAGCUCGUCAUCGGCGUGCUCCUCGUCUGCGGUGUCGUCAUGGCCGCGGUCGGCGCGUCGAUCUAUGUCUUCCGCACCAAGGUGUCGACGAAUGCCGGCGACAUUGUGACCAACUUGCAGCAGUCGCCUGCGAUCCGGCUCACGCUCACGGCCAAGCGCGCGAGCAUGGCCUUCAACGGCAAGACGUCGGCGCAGAUUUACAUCGUGCCCCGCACGGCAUCAUCGCCUUCUUUUGCGUUUGACGCGAUCUUGUCCCAAGUCGGGCCCGACAUGACGCAAACGUACCUCCUCCGCGAUAACCGCGCGUACUACUCGCUGUCGCACAACGACGUGGUCGUGGACGCCGGCUGCCUCGACGCGUCGCAGCUGCCGCCGAUCGAGCUCCUCGAGUCGAGUCUCUCGACCGCCAACGUCGUCGACGCGACAAGUGGCGACGUCAUCUCGGCGUCCGACUGCCCGGACGGCAAACUGCUGCACUUGACGUUCGCUGGCGAGGCCUAUGUCUUUUGCAACUCGGAGAACAACAAGCUCACGCGCGCAUCGUCGCCCGACCUCGACAUCGCCGUCGAGUACCUUGCCGAUGUCUCGAGCGUACCGUCCAUGGAUGUUCCCGCGGGGCUUUCGUGCCCGGUGGUCGUCGGGCCGUCGCAACCGGCGCCGGCGGCCACCUUGCUGCAGACGUCGGCGGCCGUGUCUUCGGCGCUCUUUGGCGCGCCGCGCGUCGCAACCGUCUCCAAGUCAUCGUGUGCUUGCAAGUCGACGCCCAAGCCGUGCCUCUUUGUGCACGGUGUCGGCGAGCGGUCGAGUGCGCCGCUGGCCGAUUCGUAUGCGGGCAACUGGGGCUCGAUCGAAGAGCACGCACCGUGCUGCUCCAGUAUCAAGUUUGCGCAUUUCGAUACCAACACGCGGAGCUGGACCAACGAGACGCUGCAGCAAGAAUUCUGCGACGCGGCCCAAGUGGUCUCCGGCAGCCCGUCGCCGGCGAUCAACAACCUCCUCCUCGUGACGUACUCGAUGGGCAAUCUCAUUGCUGGUGCCGCGAUUCACAACAACAAGUGCAACUUCGGAAAGGACGUGACGUGGGUUUCACUCGCGAGCCCGAUGCAAGGCAGCAAGACCUCCAACGAAAUCGAGACGCAAUGCGCGGGCGGCUCGCUCCAAUGGAUUCUCACCAAGGCCGGCCGGUGCCCGACCACCGAAGGGUACCUCUCGAUCCGGCACCAGUCGACCGUCUCGGGCGAAAUGCGCGCGCAGUUUGCGGCGGCGCAGGCGGUGCGGGCCAAAUACGCCAACCGGCUUCUCUGCGGCACGAACGCCUUUGGCAUCACGUCGGGCAAGAGCCUCGAAGUGCUCGUUGUCGGCAAGAUCUCGCACCACGACGACCCGACGUACGACGGAUUUGUCGACUUCUCCAGCUGCUCGCAAGGCUUUGACCGGACCAAGUUUGGCACGGACGCGGCGACCGCUCUGCACUACGAAGCGAGCAUCAACCACUAUGACUCAUCGUUUCUGAACGGCGACGGCUGGUGGGGCGCGGACCGCAAGCCCGUCAAGUGGUUCGAAUGCGCUUUGUAA